GUCUGAUAAAUCAAGAUUUACCCUGUUCCAGAGUGAUGGGCGCAUCAGGAAUCCCCCAUCUUGCCAAAAGACCCGGGCGGUUUGAGAGCGGCACGUGGAUACAGGUGGGAUGCCAAGCACCAAUUGCGGAUAACAUAGCCGCGAGUAAAGGUUACAUCAUCCGCACCAGUCACAGGGAUGUGGAGGCAGAGGUCAAUGUGCCGAUUACCACGUAGGACACCAUGUUCGACAGACCUUCUAGUGCACACAAUUCAGAAAAGCAAAGCUUUCUAAACUGGAGAUCACAUCUUAGACAGAAGAAGGGGCAUCUUAAAAUUUUGGAUUUGACAGAACAGUUUUCCCAACGAAUGGAAUGUGCUGUAAGAGCUGAAGGCGAAGGUCAUAUGCAUAAAGCAGCAAAAUGAAUCAACAUAUAAUAAACAUCAGAACGAUGACAACAACAGAAACCUACGACGAUUACAACAACACUGCUUUUGAUUAUGAUAGCUAUGAAGAACUUUGCAAGAAGCAUGACAUCCGGAGAUUUGCUUCAGUCUUUCUCCCAGCAUUCUACUCUGUGGCAUUUGUGGUUGGCAUAGCAGGCAAUUCCUUAGUGGUUGCCAUUUAUGCAUAUUAUAAGAAAAUGAAAACAAAGUCUGAUGUCUACCUGCUGAAUUUAGCAGUGGCAGAUCUGUUGCUGCUCUUCACCCUUCCCUUCUGGGCGGUGGAUGCUUCCACUGGUUGGCAGUUUGGAAAAGCAAUGUGCAAGAUAACUUCUGCCCUGUAUACUGUGAACUUCAGCUCAGGUAUGCAGUUCCUGGCGUGCAUCAGCUUGGACAGAUACUUUUCAGUACUUAGAGUGUCAACUAAUCAGAAUUUCAGAAGAAGAUGCUGGGCAAUUUGCCUUUUUGUGUGGAUCACGUCAAUGUUGCUGAGCAUCCCCGAUUUACAGUUCAGCGAGAUAAAGGAACACAACGGAAAGCAUGCCUGUCUACCAUUAUACCCUAAAGAUUCGGUAAAACAGCUCACUGCAUUCAUUCAGAUUCUUGAAACUGUGUGCUGCUUUGUGAUCCCUUUCCUUAUCAUGCUCUUCUGCUACUCUGCUAUGGCCAAAGUCCUUGUUAAAACCCCAAACAUUAAAAGAUCUCGGUCCCUAAAGGUCUUAUUGGCAGUGGUGGGAAUGUUUCUCAUCACGCAGCUGCCAUAUAAUGUUAUCAAGUUCUGGAGGGCCAUUGAUAUCGUAUAUGCUUUGAUAACAAACUGCCAGACCAGCAGAACCAUAGACCUAUUGAUGCAGGUGACAAGCAGCAUGGCCUUAUUUCACAGCUGUCUCAACCCGCUAUUAUAUGCUUACAUGGGGACUACGUUUAAGUCUUACGUUACUAAAACAGUGAAAAAGUUUGGCUCUUGGAGAAGACAAAGAACUCCGAGUGUUGAGGAGUAUUCGAUGUAUUCUGACAAUCACGUAGAAGAAACAAGUAGUUUUUCUAUCUAGAACUUUUAGAAGUAUUUUCAAGUUUGGAUAUACUAGAAAAUCUAGACCCAUCUGUUACAAAAAAAACACAACAACAACUAUCUGCUGAGUGUACUGCAUAAUCCCUGACCAGAUGGUUUGCACCUUCAAAUCGAUCCCCUGUACCUUUGUAUUCACCCAGUUGUCUGGCUCCCGCUGCGUUCUAGUCCCGUUAUAGACUGCUGCAGCCGUGGCACCUGUCCAGUGUGACCAGAAACAAUCUCUUCAAACUACAUUUCCCACAAUGCCCUGCAGCACUGCUCUGUUUCUGUGUUCGUGACAGUCUCUGCUAAUUGAUUGAGAGCCUCAUUUCAGUCCUCAGUAAGGGCUCAUGCACACAAACAUAUUUCCUUUCCGUGUCCGUUACGUUUUUGAUUUUUUUGCGGACCGUAUGCAGAACCAUUCAUUUCAAUGGGUCUGCAAAAAAAAA